UCUCCCUCUCUCAAAUUUUGAACACAAAGAUUGAUGCCCCACCCAUUUAGACUUCCAAAAGCUCAUUGAGGAUCCAUCCACUACUAAAAAAAAUAUGUUUUUAAUAUCAUCAAUUUAAUAUUGAUUUUAUGAAAAUUGGUGUAGGUACAUUUUUGUAAAUAAAAAAACUUUGUUAACAUCUAUCUUGUAAAACUCAUCUUGUGUAUAUCUCUUACCAUCCAUCUUGAUUAAAAUCGAUUUUAUUUUUUUUCUCAUUAUCAUCAGUUAUAUUGGUUAAUGUACGUUAACAAUGGUUAUUAAAAACGGACACUUGCUGCCUCAUUCUUCUCUUAACAUCAUCGUGAACCCUAAUUAGGUAUGAAUCUCUCCACGUUUUAUGAUCAAGCUCCUCCCUCCGAUACCCCUGUCGCCACACCCAAAGCCUCACCGUGACUGCCACAAGCCCUACCCCUCAAAGCCUCUCCUCUAACCACCAUUGUUCCACCUCCCACUACCUUUCGCUCUGGUCCCCGUUUUCUCGCACAACUCUGUUCUCUGAGAAGUGAAAAAUGGGAUCUGAGAUCUGAGGGUUUUGAAUCCGUUUCCAGAUAUGUGAAGUGCAAAAUGAGGUGUAAGAUCUGAGAUCUCUCAAACUCUUUCCAGAUCUGAGAUAUGAAACUCGUUUCCGUACGAAGGCACACUCACCGUCAACAACAAGUUGUUGAACCAGUGCGCGGUCUGUCAGGAUGAGUUCAAGAAGGAUGGGUGAACUUAAGAAAUUGGUGGAAGAGGAUAAAGGGAAGUAUAUUGGGUUAUCUGUUCAAAUGGCGUGGUCCCUAUGGACUCGUGACAUUGAAGAUGAUACAGUUCCUCUUUGUAGGGAGCUUGGAAUUGGAAUCGUACCAUACAGCCCUCUUGGCCGAGGCUUUUUUGGUGGCAAAGGAAUUGUGGAAAAUUUUAUUGCAAAUAGUUUCCUGGUACAAUAUUGUAGCAAUUACUUGUGUGAAAAAUUACACAAUAUCCAUGUAGAAAUUUUUGGAUGUGAAAAAUCAGAGCAGAUAAUAGCAAUCCAUUCUUCAUCUUGAACCUGAUGAAGUAAAUGUUGAGCAAAGUUGCUCCUUAUUUUAUAAUAAC